UACUGAGGCUGCGCAGUGCAUUGAGCUCCAACGGGUGCUUGCUUUCUGUUAACACUGUUGUUUUAGACGAACGGGGAACAAAUUGAGCUCUUCAUUGUUUUCAAUGGAAAACAAACACACUCUUCGCUGAUAAAUCUGCCUCAGAGGAAAAAGAGGAGGAGGAGACAGAGAGGAAGAGCUGCGGAGUGACAAGGAAAGACGGAGGAAAAGAGGGGGAGGACUGGAAGGAGAAAAUUGGGACAGUGGAAAAUGCUGCGGAUUUGACUAAAAGAUGUCAAACGUUACCAUGGACGCGACCGCCAUCCUCCCCAUCCUCAAGAAGAAGCUGGCCUUUCUGUCAGGGGGCAAAGACCGGCGCAGUGGUCUGAUCCUGACCAUCCCUCUCAAUUCUGAUCAGACCAGCAUGGAGGAGCUCAGCGCCACACUGGACUACCUGCUCAGCAUCCCCAGUGAUAAGUGUAAGGCCCGAGGCUUCACUGUCAUCGUGGACGGGCGGAAAUCUCAGUGGAACAUUGUGAAGACUGUGGUGCUCAUGUUGCAGAAUGUGAUCCCAGCCGAGGUGUCACUGGUCUGUGUGGUGAAACCCGACGAAUUCUGGGACAAAAAGGUCACACACUUUUGCUUCUGGAAGGAAAAAGACAGACUGGGCUUCGAGGUGAUCCUGGUUUCGGCCAAUAAGUUGACUCGUUACAUCGAACCCUGUCAGCUGACGGAUGAUUUUGGGGGAAGUCUGGAGUAUGACCACAGUGACUGGCUGAACAAAAGACUGGUCUUUGAGAAGUUCACAAAGGAGUCGACAUCACUGCUGGAUGAGCUAACUAUUAUCAACGACAGUGACAAGAGCAGCUCUGUUGACAAGGAAAAAUCUGCUGACUGUGCUCUCUUGCCAUCCUUUGACCCUGAAACUGUUCUGCAGACUGGUCAUGAGCUGCUGUCGGAGCUGCAGCAGCGUCGUUUUAACGGCUCAGAGGGAGGAGGAGGAGGACAAGCAGCUCCGGCCUGGUGCCCCAUGGAAGAGGAGCUGCUGGCUCAGCCUCAGGUGAUGAAGCUAUUGGAUUCGCUAAGGGAGCAGUACACCAGAUAUCAGGAGCUCUGCAGGCUGCGAAACAAGCGCACCCAACUAGAUGAGAUCCAUGCCAAGGUCAUGCAGGUGGUGACCUGGCUGCAGGGUCCUGGUUCAGAGCUGCUCAAGACUCAGCAAGCAAUUGGAGACUCAAUGCGAACAGCUCAGGCCCUGCAGCAGAAACACGAGGAGAUCGAGAGCCAGCACAGCGAAUGGUUUGCAGUGUAUGUGGAGUUGAACCAACAGAUUGCUGCCUUGCUCAGUGCCGGGGAGGAGGAGGAAGUGGCUGAGCUGAAGUCGUUACAGCAGCAGCUCAGCGACGUCUGCUACAGACAGGCGGCUCAUCUGGAGAGCCGACAGAACGUCCUACAGGCGGCGCACAGCUUCCACAGCACCACGCAGGAGCUGUCCCAGCAGUUGGACGGGCUACUGGGCAUGCUCUGUGCUGACGUGGCUCCUGCUGAUGGAGCAUCGAUUCAACAAAACCUCAAACUGCUGGAGGAGAAGCUGCAGACUGUUGAAGCAGGACUCACCUCACUGCGUCAGAAGGGGGGGCUGUUGCUGGAGCAGAUGUGCAGCCAGCCGUCCUGGGCUGUAGAGGAGCCGGAGAGUCCAGCUGGAGAGCAGCAGGACAACGUUCAGCACAUUCAGGGUGUGAUGGAAGAGAUGCAGCUCCGGAAGCAGAGGUGUGAAGAUAUGGUGGACGUGAGGAGGCUGAAGAUGCUUCAGAUGGUCCAGCUGUUUAAAUGUGAAGAAGAUGCUUUACAGGCUGUAGAAUGGCUCAGUGAGUUGUUGGACGCCUUGUUGAAGACGCACGUCAGACUGGGUGACGACUCCCAGGAGACCAGGACCAUGUUGGAUAAACACAGGAAGUUUGUGGAUGUCGCUCAGAGCACCUAUGAUUACGGGCGUCAGCUGCUUCAAGCGACCGUGGUGCUCUGUCAGUCCCUGCGCUGUACGACUCGUUCGUCUGGGGACACUCUGCCACGACUCAACCGGGUCUGGAAGCAGUUCACGGUCAGCGGAGACGAGAGGCAGCAGAGACUUGAGCUGGCUCUGAACUUCCACACAGCCGCUGAAAGGGUGCUGCAGCAGGAAAAUGUGGAGGCGGAGUCCUUGGAUGAAGUUGAUUCUUCAGGGAGAGCUUUGCUGGACCGACUCACCAUGCCUGUUAUCUUCCCUGAUGGAAGCGAGCAGUUCUUUGGUAGCCCCAGCGACACCGCGGCAGCAGCGGAGGGCGUCAGAGAGCGCCUCCUGCUGGUGGAAGAGCGUCGGCUGCAGCUGCAAGAGGCGAGGCUUCAUAAUGGCGAAGAGGAGGAGGAGGAGGAGGUGCUAAACGGGCAGGAGGGAAGGUUAGAUGUAAUCGGAGAGGAACUGAGUGAGAAAGAAGAGCAAGAUGAGGAGGAGGAGGAGGCAGGACGACACGAUGAAGACUUGGAGCGGGCUACACAGGACUGCUAAUGGAUCUCUGAUGUUAAACCAAGCAGCCUUAAUGAAGCUUGUAAGUGAAGGGCUGCAGAUCUUUUUCCACCAAGACCUUUGAAGAGUUUUCUCUGAGAGAACGCCCUCUGAGGUUGUUCUACCCACCUGCAGCAGUACAUUUAUCUUUACUCCUAACUAUUUCUUUAUAUUAAGCCUAAAUUGCCUCGGUGCUUAAUCUUUCGUGCAAAAAGAUAAACGUGUUGGAUGUGAUUUCUCAGUCAUGCUUUCACUCCUUAGAAACGUAACAAAAUGUAAAAAACUGGAAUUAUUUACUGGAAGAGUUCAUCCUUAUCUCUCUGCUCUGUUUAAGAUAAUAAUCUGUAAAGUUAUCACUUAGGGAUGCUCCUAACAUGUACCCUCGAAAACCGCCUCCUCCUUAUUCAACAACAUGAACAGAGCCUUCAUGGUGCUUACUCCUGCUUCUACAGUCCUUUACAUUUUCACCUAUAGAUAUCUGUCUGAUGGAUUUUAAACGCUUGGACAGAAACCAGAAAUCCCCAGAAAACUGACAUAUUCAGUUUGACAAGAAAGAAACACAACAUCAAAUAAGCUGUUUUAAAGUUGGACCUUCAUAUUCGGUGUAAGAUAUCUGCCUUAUUUCUGGCUGCAGUAGAGAGCAGAGUUACGAUCACAUUCAUGGUGCAACUGGACGUGUUUCCAAGAAAGGAAAAGUUUCCUGAAGCAAUCACAACCAGGCUGAAAAAAUUAAGCUGACAUGAAUGUGGAAAAAAAAAAAAAACUUUGAGCGGCUGAUUGCGAUUGGCUUCAAGCGCAAAAAAAAAAAAAAAAAAUCAGGUCUCUAAAGCUUUUUUGACCUCUAGUUACAAGGGUUGUAAAUUUUGCAUUUACAGGUGAGCUAUCCAGUAAAUCCAUUAAAAAAAAGUUCAGCCUUCAAAAUUAUGAACCACAAACUAACUGGGUGACUCUGACUUUUAUAUGCAGGCUUUGAAUAAGCCAUCUCUUAAGGACAGGUUAUCACCAAAUGUUGCAUCCAUAAUGCCAGCAAAGCAUCAUCAUUUAAAGAAUGUGAUCAUAAAAUUAAAAUAUUUGGGUAUAUCUGAGCAGCUUGGUGGCAUUUCCAUUCUGCUUUAUGCAACGAGGGCUUUCAUCUGGCUUUAUGGGACCAGAUUGU